ACUUUAGAAAACCUAAUGGGUCGCAAGGGUGCUGCUGCGAAGAAGGAUAAGAAUCUGAAGGCGGAGGAAUCUGAGAAGCGAGGGACGGUAGAAAACCUAAUGGAUCAUCGCGAGGGUGCGGCGGGGGCGAAGGGGGAGGAAUAUGAUAAGCAGAUAGUGUCUCUGACCGAAGCAGCGGCAAAGAUCGAUCCUCCUCAUCUUAUUGAUCACCUCGUCAAAGCAAUGAGAGAGUGUUUGUGUGGGGAUGAUGAGCUGUUGUCGAGGUAUACCGAUUACUUUGAAGAGGCAUUCUCAGGAGUAGCGUUCCCAUGGGUGAAGAUGUUCAAGGACGCUCCUUUGUCCACUCUCAUCGAUAUUCCGUUAUCUCAAAUUCCUACGCCUCUCUACAAAUUUUCAGUCGAUUGGAUCCAACAACGUCAAAUUGAAUAUCUCUCGGAUAUUGUAUCUUGGUUGUGUGAUCGUAUUCUGGACAAUUUGGCUGAAGGUGGUGACAAUGUUCCAGCAUCUUAUCGCCCCAGAUCUCAGGCGGGACAUUUUGUUGUAUUGGCUAUGGUAUUGCGCUGUAGACCUGAUUCUUUGGUUGCGGUUUUGCCUUCACUGAGGGAUAAAGACACGUAUCAAGGACCCGACAAGCUUCCCCUUAUUGUUUGGAUGAUGGCUCAGGCCUCCGUAGGUGAUUUAUCUACUGGCUUGUAUUCAUGGAUGUGUAACUUGCUACCGCUAGUCAGUAAUGACAAGUGCUGCCCUCAGUCUUUGGAUCUCGUCCUUCAAUUAGCUGAGUUCAUUUUGUCUCGUCCGGAGGCUCUCACUAUACUCGUAAAAGGAGGUGGUGUUAUGGAAGGACAGCGUCUGGUUCCACUUCCUUCACUUGAGAUCUUGCUGCGCCUCACAUUCCCUGCUCCAUCCGCAAGAGUUGAGACUACAAAGAGGUUUGAGGCAAUUUAUCCCUUGUUGAAGGAAGUGGCUCUUUCACCAGAGAGGGCAGGAGGAGGAAGAUUUGCCAUGAAAAAAUUAUUCUCGUUUGCCUUGACCUUAGCUGGAGAUAAAGGGAAUCAUGUCUUAUUAACCAAGGAAGCUACAUCAAUCGCUAUCAGAACUCUGACCGAAAACAUAGACUGCUUUGACCUUUGGGACAAACUUUAUAUGGAUAAUCCAGAAGUCAGUGUUUCUCUUCUUAAGAAGCUUGUAGACGAAUGGAACAGUCAUUUCUUCAGGCUAUCAACAUCACCAAGUGAGACUCUCACUGACAUUGUCAAACAAACUAUAGAGAGCUUCAGGCGUCAGAACAAAAGAGCCAUCGCUGAAGGAGGAGCCAAUUGUUCUCUUUACAAAGAAGCUGACGAGUACUGCAAACUGAUCUCUUGGAGACUCCUGCGUGUAAGUGCCAUGACAGCUGGAGUAGUUACUGCUGCAUCAGCAGCUCUAUCAUUCGCUGCAGUAGCAGCCAGCCGCUAUCUAUAGUUUAUGUUCCGUUUUUUAUUACGCCUUAUCCUCUAGAGAAAGUAAGGAAACAAAAUAAAUAUGUGUGUACGAGUGCUUGUACGUUACCGACCUGUAAGCUAGAGAAGCCUUUACAGGCCUUUACUAGAUGUUGAUGGACAGGCCUCAUUUUUUAAUCCAAAGCUUAUGAUAUAA